AUGGUUGCUAAGGGCAACGGGGUGAGAUAGAUGGUGUGCAUUUGCGGAGCCGCAGCUGCGCGUCUGUUAAUACCAACGCGACCCUCACGUCCCCGCGCAAUUCUCAACACUGGGUUGGCUGCUUCAAGGCAUGAGGAUGCAAGCGGGGAUUUAGUUUCAGUGUCUUUUACCGUCUGGAGCAGAUUAUUACCUUUCUCCCGCACACAGAAACGGAUUUAGACACACGAAACAAGGUUAGUGGCCCUCAUUCUCACUACAGAAUAUGAUGCAGAGGCCCUCCUCUCCAAAGGGAAGUUGGAUGGGAAUACUGCCAUACGUGUCAGCUCGUGAUCAAUGAACUCAGUCCAUUCAAUCACUAAAGGAACUAACCUGAACUACUGAAGAAAAAGUGGGGAUAUAACGACACAGACAUCUUUUUGCGGAUAUGGCGGCGACAGAUGCAUGUUCAGCGCCUGUACAGGAAGAUGGCACCACCACCACCGAGACUAAAACAGAGGUGGAGCCCAAAAUCUCAGAGACUGUCACAGAGGCUGUCACGGAGGCUGUCACGUCUCCACCCGAAGAGGCACAUCCAGCCGGGGAGACCAAACAGAGCACAGAGCACCCGGCCGAUGGCAAAGCUAAACAGGCCUCUGAGAAUAUUUUCUCUUCCUUCCUGAAUAAGAGUGGGCUGGGAAAAGUCAUGGGAGGGAAGAAGAAGAAGGAGCAGAGCACAGAGGCUGUGGAGGCUAAUGGAGAGGGCAACAUAGAGCAGAAAAAGGCCUCUGACCAAGCAGAGGAGCCGGCAGCCAAUGGCACAGAGGCAGCGGCUGAGGAUCAGGCCAUUGAGAAAGCUCCGGAGAACCAGGUGAAGGUCCGAUCCAAAUCCUUGGACAGGUUAGAGGACCCUGGGGCCCUCAAUGCCACAGUGGACCAACUGGAAGAUGCCCCGGCAGCAGAAGGAUCAGAGAAGCCUGCAUCUAGUGCAGCGACCAAACACAUUAAACGCUGGCAUUCCUUUAAGAAGCUUAUGGCCCAGAAGAGUCACAAGAAGAGCACAGAAGAGUCUAAGGAGGCUGAAGGUAGUGAGGGUGCAUCUGGGGGCACGCCUGGUGACUCAAGUACACUGGACUCCAAGGCUUCAGAAUCCAGUGGCCAGAAACGGUGGAAACUGAAAAGGUCAUGGACAUUCCAGGGACUGAAAAGAGACCCGUCAGUCGUAGGCAUCAGCAAAGCCGCUACGGGUGAGAAGGCGGAAGUUGAGGAAAAUGCCACAGAGAACGAUGAAGCGGCUGCGCCUGAAACAGACGAAGCCAAGGCACAGGUAGACGGCGAAACACAGGAGAAGACAAACACAGACGGAGAGGAGGAAAAGGGAGCCACCGCCGCCCCACACAAAUCAAUGAACCAACACGCAGAUGACAUUUGGACCUCCUUCAAGAAACGCGUGAUCCCCAAGUCCAAGCGGUCAGCAGACACGGUGGCUGCCAGCGGGGAGGAGGAAGGUGCUGCCGCAUCUGAACCGGCCGAGCAGACGGAAGAGGCAGGCAAAGAGCAGGCCAAGUUGGCCAAGGCCAAGCGAACACACUUUAACCGCGCCGUUUCGCUGAAAAACUUCAUCAUGCGAAAGGGGAAGAGCACCAGCGUGGAACAGGGAGACGGAGCUCCGAAGGAGGGUAAGGAGGCGGCAGAUGGGGAGGCGAAAGACACAGAGGACGAGGCUGCCCCAGCUGGCACGUCUGACAGUCAGCAGGCGGCAGACGGGGAGGCGAACGACACAGAGGACACGGCUGCCCCGGCUGGCACGUCUGACAGUCAGCAGGGAGAAGCUGACGCUGCCCAGGGUGAGAGCAACGACAAAGGAGAGGCUCAGUUGGCCAAUGAGCACACAGUCGCCGAUGGAGAGGCAAAGGAGCCCGCAACGAGCACACCGUCUGGUCCUGAGCCAGAGAAGGCCAACUCAGCUGAGCCUGCAGCACCGGCAGAACCUGCGGCAGAAGUGAAAACCAACUGUGAGAAUGGUUGCUCGAACGGCACGCCCGAAGAAGACGCCACACACAAUCAUGAAACGACCCUGAAAAAGGAUGGACCAACAGACGAGGCCAAACAAGAAAACACCAACUCGUCGAUGGACACCAAGAUCCUGAACCACGGCACAGGAAAUGCAGUAGCCCAAAGCGAAAAAAAGGCGGGAAACGUGUGACGACACACAAAGAGGAUUAGAUCUGCAUGGGAUUCGUUCAGCGAGGAGCUUUGAUUCCCCCCCCCCCCUCCCUCCCCCCAAAACCGGAAUAAUCACAUGUUUACGCCACAAUUCACCAUGGUGAGAGCGAUGCAAUCCAUAUAGAUGAAAAAAAUACUCCAAAGCAAUAAUUCAGUCAUCAAUCAGUGCAGUUCUUGCUUACCAUUCCAUUAUCAAUGUAAAUGUUUUGCUUGUCCUCUACUAGUGAGAUUUUAUAUUGUCAAAAAAAGGAAAAUGUUACAUCCUUGUCAAAUGUUAAUCUCUCAUUCCAGAAGAGAAGAAAAAAAAGACUUAGUUUUAUAUCAAUUGCCAUUUUAUUUGUAGUUUUGUCAAUAGAUAUUUCAAAGUGCACCCGAGAGAACACAUUUGAAAUGAUUGCCCCCCCAAUGUGGAUUAAUGAAGUAAUGUGUUCUAAUCUCUUUCUGUGUUGUUUUUAGACUGUUGUGUACAUGAAUAAACCACCAUAAAAUAUUAAGUCAAAAAUUGUUUUGUUUUUUCAAAACACAUCUUCUCACUGUAACGCAGUAUUGAUAUGUUUUGUUGAUCAAUGAUGUCACAUGUUCGCUAGCAAAUUGUCAAAAUCUAGAACAAUAAAAGAUGAAAGUCGCACAACUAAAGAACCUUAAUUGCGGAGGCUAUUUAUGCAUAAAAUGUUGACGUACAAUAAAUGGCUGCUUAUAUAUACACUUAGGAAGGCAUUAUGGAAAUGCUAUUGGUCAUUCAUCUUUAUGAUAAUCCUACAUCCUUUUACCUAAUAGCAGGUUUGUACAUGAUGUAUUAGCUGGAGUACUUCAAUUUCACAUUGAAUAGCGUCAAGUGAUGUGCUCACUCACGAGUAAAUGACUUGUUUCAGAAAGUCAUGUCUGCUAUAGUCUGUCACUGCCCUGGCAGUUGAGGGACAUCUCUGUUACCGUUCUGUAAAUGCACUCAAUACAGAACUAUCCAUGAAAUCACCACCAUACUGUUGUCUGUAAAAAACUAAAUCUCUGGGAUUAAGUUAUUAGAGAUGACAGACAAGAGCAUAUUAUAAAACAGACAUUAAUCCAAGAUAAUAGCUACAUGUUAUGUGACGUUAUUGGCUAGCUAAACAUACACGGAAUGUGCAUAAAAUGGUAACCUGCAGUGACCGACAAAUACAGGGUGGCAUCAUUGACAUGGGAUGUUACCCACAAGCCACAGCCAUCCAAGGAAUGUAGACCUCAUUCACCUAAAAAGGUGUUCAUGACAUGGAUCAUUCCAUUCCUGUUCUGCCAAAUGGCAAAUCAAUCAAUCAGGACAAAUAAAGGUGAUAUUGUUGUUUUCGUAUGCGUGUUAGCGGUUCAUUUAUUAACAAACAAAAGCUCACAAUAUGACUUAAAAUGUAUUUUUGGCAAUAUAACAACUAAUACAAAGUGGCAGCUGUAAGAAAAACACCAUCAUUAUUGGAUGUGCUGACCAGAUAGUUGGUUGUUAUCAGUGGGAACAGACACAAUAAAACAGUCCUGCAGUGACGCUGCUCUGCCCUCAGGCAAGUCCACUGUGUGUUGACUAUGUCU